UUAGGUUUUAAGUUGAAUGUAUUUGCCUCAUGAUUGGUGCCUUUAUUUUGUAGGUAGGUCACCCCUGUUGUUAUUUUCAAUGAAAAAAAGUUAUUCCUCGAAAUAAAGAUAACAACAUUCCAUCAACCAAAAGAAAGAAAAAAGAGUCGUUAUGUUAACGGUAAGAGACAAAGAGUCGUCGGUCAUUGAUAUCAUCUUUGACUUCUGUUAUGCUAAACUAAUCAAUGCCGAAGCCCCGGAAAAUGACAAGGCGACAUGCCAUGAUGCAAUAGAGUAACAUACUAACAUGAAUAUGGUUUUUGAGUUUUCAAAAGAAACGUGUUAAAGCAUGUUUGUUUGCAAAAGCGGAUGAUUGAGUUACUUCAAACUAUUUGUUAUACUAGUGAGUUUGUUUUUUUGGUUGCUUAAAGUAAAGUUAUCGUUUUAUCUAGAACUUAGCAAGCUUUAGUUUUCUUUCUGGUGUCUGGUGAUUAUUCCGGAGUUUUUGUUUCUCUUGUUGACAAAGGUUCUCUUUGGUUUUUUAACUCUCCAUCAGAUUGAUAUAUAACGAUGCUUCUUUCAUUAAUUUGAAGACAGUUUCACUAAAUAUUUUGCUAUUAACUCUUUCUGUUAAUGAUUAAUCAUGUUUAUACUAGAAUUUUAUCUGAUCACUCUAUGGGUUAUUUAAUGAAUCACAUCAAAAGUCAAGAAAAAGAGCAAGAUAAAAAAAUAAAGGGGUUUAUUUGAUGUAAGCAUAAAACAUCAGGGGGUUAAAAUGAAAAUUACCAAAAAAAAAGAAAAGGAAAGGAACAGGAGGAAGCAAAAGGUUUAUAGGCUCAAACUCUGUCCAAAACGACCAAAGGCAACAGAUUUGGUUAUUUCAGGGCAGCACUAGAUCAGAGUCCUCUUAUCGGAGAAAAUGCAAUCGAUCCGUAGCAGUACAAGGUUGCUCCAGAGGAACCGUUUCUCCAUCUCCAACACUCUUCCUCGUUUCACUUCGUCUUCUUCCCCAAGCUGGUCUGAGAAUGAAUCGAGGAGGCUGGGAGGGUUUGAUUCUUUCCGUACAAAGGCGGUUUCUUUCUCUUCCGCAGUACCUCCUAGACAAAACUUUACGUAUUCACCGAGGUGCUUUUCCACCAUUGGAGAUUCUGCUCAGUCUACUCCUCAAGGAUCAGCUCCUGAUAUGGUUCCGAGAAUCAAGUUCAAGCGGCUUGAUAAAACCGCCAAGCAUAUCAUGCAUAUUGUAGACAAGGAGGCGGUUGAGGAAGUGAGAAAUGGUAGGGAGAUACCUGAGAUAAGGCCUGGUUACAUUGUGCAGCUCAAAGUGGAAGUGCCUGAGAACAAGAGGCGUGUUUCAAUCGUAAAAGGAAUUGUCAUAGCAAGACGUAACGCUGGUCUUAACUCUACGUUUAGGAUUAGAAGGCUUGUGGCUGGGGUGGGAGUCGAAUCCAUGUUCCCCUUGUAUUCGCCAAACCUGAGGGAGAUUAAGGUGUUGGACAAGAAGAGAGUAAGAAGAGCCAAACUUUAUUACCUCAGGGACAAGAUGAACGCUCUCAAGAAGCAUUAGAGCACCUUUAACAUUCAAUCAAUCAUAUAAACAGGGUAGUCUACUCCCUUAAACAAAGUCUUUGAGGGUUUUUUUUUUUUGGUGACGAAUUGGCCUUUACGUCACAUAUUGUGAACCUGUGUAUUUGAAUAAUGAUGGAUCCUUUUAUUCCUCUUACUUGCUCCGAUAAGUCUUGGUUAGUUAGUUCAUUA